AUGUCCCGUUAUGAUCAACCGAAGCCUGUGGUGAAAGAAUUUCACGAUCCCUUGGCUUGCGAAUGGGACUUGGCUUUACACUGGAAUUUCACGUCUGACGGACCGUUAAAAGUGCCCGCGGGAGAUGACGAUGAGGAUGCCGGCGUGAAAACCGGCCGUCAUGAAAUCCUCAUCCGGCCGAACCCGUCUCCGGAUCCACGUCAGCUGGUCGUCAGCCAAUCGCUGUUGAGACUGCUGCAGGAGAACGAACGGCUGAGAUUUCUCGCGCAGGAGGACGGACGGCUCGCAUCGCUCCCCCCUCGCCGCUUUAUAGUCAUCACGCCGACCUACAAGCGAACGUUCCAGCAGCUGCUCAUGCUAGGGUUGAUCAACUCAUUAAAACGGGUACAAGCGCCGGUGCUGUGGGUGGUGAUUGAAGCGACCAAGACGGAAGAAACCGCACGGCUUAUCGCGAAGGCUACUAUCGGGGACAGCGGGUCGGACAAUCCCGAGGUGGAAAUCGCGCACCUGGGCGUGGAGGAGGAAAUGCCCGAGGACUGGGACGAGCGCGUUCUGCUGGAGCAACGGAUGCGAGUCGUGGGACUAAGGUACGUUCGAGAGCGCAGGCUCGACGGCAUCGUGGUCUUCGCGGAUGACGGCUCGGUCUUCUCCCCGAAGUUCUUUGCCGAGGCUCAGCGCGUACCUUGGUUCGGCGCAGGCUCGGUAGGCGUGCUGCUGCCGGUCGGCUUCACCGACCUUAUGGGGUCGGAAGAGCAGGCGGAGGAGCAGAGCACGUUAGAAGGGGGAGGAGCAGAGAGGGAGAAAGUAGCAGAGGGUGGGGAGGCUGGCGGAACGGGUGGGGGAGUGGAUGGGGAGAGGCGGGUGGGGGAGAUGGACGGAGGAGAACAGCGGAUACAGCAAGGGGAGGAGAGGAAACAGGAGGGGCAAGGGGAAUGGCAGACGCAGCAGCAAAAGCUGCAGCAGACGCAGGGGAAGCAAAGAGAGGGAGGGAAUGGGGUUGGCGAUGGGGAUGAGCAAAGCCUGGGAGGAGGCUCGGAAGAAGGUUUGGAAGGAGGCUCGGAAGAAGAUUCGGAAGGAGGUUCGGUGGCAGGCUCGGUAGCAGAGGGGCGGCUGUUUGACCUGCUGGGUGCGGUGGUGCGGAACGAGAAAGAGGUGCAGCUGAUUGGGCAAUGCGGGCGGCGCGUGCUUGUGUGGUGGUGGAGGGCUGAAGCACGGCAAGACAGCAAGUUCCCUGCAGAGUGA